AUGGACACGUGCGCCUGCGCUUUGGAACUGCUGGGGAUGCUGGUGUAUAUUGGAUCAUGGCUGUGCGCUUUAGCCACCACCAUCCUCCCACAGUGGCUCACCAUGUCGACCGCUCUGCUGCCCGUCGAGAGCUACGAGCUGGGCCUGUGGGAGACCUGCGUGGUGCAGGACGUCGGGGGGAUGGAGUGCAGAGCAUAUGACAGUCUGCUGGGCCUCUCCAGUGACCUCAAACUCGCCCGCAUGCUCAUGUGUGCCUCCCUGGCUGUGGGCAUGCUGGGAAUGCUGGUGGCCAUACCUGGACUCUACCUGGUGAACAGCUGCAGGGAACACGGAGGCUACAGAACCAAGAGGACUUUGACCAUCAUAGGAGGCGUGCUGGGGAUGCUUUCUGGGGUUCUGUGUCUUAUUCCUGUUUCCUACAUGGCUCAUUUAGCCGUGAUACAUUUCUUUGAUGAUAAAGUGCCAGAUGUGGUGCCUCGGUGGGAGUUUGGUGACGCCUUGUUCUGUGGCUGGGCUGGAGGGUUUCUUCUCAUAGUGGCAGGGCUGCUGCUGGUCUCCUCCAGCGUUUGUGCACAGGUGGAGAAUACGCCGGCGCUGCAGAGGAGACAUCAGCUUAUGGGGACAGAUGUUUCCUUCAGGAAGCGCUCAGAGUAUGUUUAAAGGACAAACUAUGAACC